AUGCCCGCCAUUCGCCCCGCCUCCAAGCGCAAGCCGCCCCCGGACGGCUUCGAGGAUAUUGAAGAGGACCUUCUCAUCUUCGGCAACAAAAUGAAGGACGCCCAAAACACCCCGACGGACAACAUCCCUAAGCACCAAGCGCAAUGGCCCAUCUUUCAAAUUUCCCACCAGCGCAGCCGCUACGUCUACGAGCUUUACUACGAAAAGGAGGCUAUCAGCAAGGCGCUGUAUGACUGGCUGCUCAAGAACGGUUACGCCGACGCCAUGCUCAUCGCCAAAUGGAAGAAACAGGGGUAUGAGAAGCUCUGCUGCUUAAGGUGCAUCCAGACGAAGGAGACAAAUUUCAACUCCACUUGCGUGUGCCGCGUACCGAGGGCGCAGCUUAAGGAGGAUCAAGAUGUGCAAUGUGUCAGCUGUGGGUGUCGGGGUUGCGCGUCGACGGACUGA